AUGCACGCAAAGGAUAUGUUGUUGAUCCGCAUCGCGUUCCUCCUCGCCUUGCUGCAGCUUGCGAUCCAGGAACCUCAAUUUUGGAUGUCCUGGUUUCAAAGCAAGGAAAAAAAGAAAAAUUCGAAUACGACGACCACCACGCCGGCGCCGACCACCACGCCGGUGCCGACCACCACGCCGGUGCCGACCACCACGUGUUCAACACCAGCUAGCGGUCCCUGCACGCAGACAUGGACUCCAGGCGCCACCCCUCCUACGCCUGCAGGCUACACCCUCGACUGCGCCACCGGAUAUUACUACAAAUACGUUGGAUCUUUUACUUAUGAUGCGGCAGUCGCGGCGUGCGACAACGACGGUGCCCGUGUGGCGAUGAUCACCGAAGCCGCCGUUGCAGACGCCAUGAAGCUUGCAAAUUCUAAUGAGCACGAUUGGCUCGGCUGCACUGAUCCUGACCUCGACGGGAACUGGACCUGCGAUGACAACUCUUGUUUCUCCAUGACGACCUCCGGCACCACCACCUGGUACGAACCCCCGACAUCGGAGUCGUGCCUGGAGGUUCACUUGCACUCGGGUUCAUGGGGUCCAUAUGGCUUUGAAACCGUGCCAUGCACUGAUACGCUUGGCACAGUGUGCCAACUCUAUGUGCCGUGAGGGACUCUGUUCACUGCGGUUCAUUUUGAGAGAAAAUAAAACUGGUUACCGAAC